AGUCUGAGUCUGGCGGUUACAAGCUAAGACAUGUUUUCCUGUCUUCGCAAGCGUUUUGGGAGGGGGAACGUCGAUUCUGGAGAGACUAGAGUGAAGGAGUCUGGCCUUUCGUCUCAAAGUAAUGAUGGACAAAGACAGCACUUCUGGGGAAUGUGGAACGCUGGGAGAGAAACAUCAUCCCCUGGCACUGAACUAAGCGAGAAUCAGGCCAAGAAGGAAAAGGAGAGGCUGAUUAAAGAGCUGCAGCUCAUUACCGAGGAGAGAAAUGACCUGAGAGAUCGCCUGAGGUUUCUGACAGAGAGAUCCAUGAAGAACAGGUCACACUUCAGGCCAAAUCCAUAUUAUGAAGACCUGGAGAGAAUGGAGGAGGCGGUCAUGUCAAUUCUGCACAACUUAGAGAUGGAGAACACUGAGGUCCAUGAGAACAACCAUAGGCUGAAGAAGGAGAUUACCUUCUCUAGAAACCUGCUCAGCCAGCUCCUGAUGGAGAACACAUGUAGGAAGAAGUUGGUCCCACUGAAGCAGGAGAGCAAGGAGGUACAUCUUGAUUGUGCACUGAACCAGAAAUAUUUGGUUGACUUUAACAAGAAAGAUAAAGACCAUCAACGGACAGAACCAGCAUUAUCAGGUCUCAGAAAGUGCAAGAGAGCUGGAAUUGGACACACAGCAAUAAGAGAGCUUCCUGAAGAAUAAGUUGCUUUCUCAGGAGUCCCUGAUGACCAACAUCCUGAAUGAAAACAGCACUUGAGAGACAACUUGGGGGACCGCCUUUCAUUAUGUGGGCUAGAGGAGAAACAGCAAUACAUCUGUGCUUCUAAAUGUUCCUUAAGAAUAUGCUUUUAGAAAUAUUUUUGUUAUGAUUUUAAUUGAAGUUUUCUUUUUGUUGUUUCAUAUUUAUAUGUUCUUGUUACUAUUUUUACUUUCAAAUAUUUUUAAAUAUUUUUAUUCAUUUUAAUCCUGUUUUGUUGUAAAAAUGUAUUUGUUAUGAAUAAAAAUUGAAUUCUA